GAGCUUCCGCACAGCUGUGUGAAGUCGCACACUAACGCGCUGGAAAAGCAGGUGGAUUCUGUGUUGUAGGUGCGCGCGCGCGUGCGUGCGUCUAUAUACUUCUGAAGUAAACUACACCGCGGUUUGAAUCCGUGUGCACUGCGUAUUGCGUAACCGAAGCGUAAAGCGGUGUGAGACUGAAUAGAGUCGGGUGUUUGUGUGCGCGUGCGCGUGUGUGUGUGUCCGUGUGUGUCCGUGUGUGUCCGCGCGCGUGUGUAUACGAGAAAGAAAGACAGCGCGAGCUGCUGAAUCAGCAUACGCUCGUGUCCCAGGCUGACUGCGGUGUUCUGUAGCGAUGCUGCUAACGGUGUUCUGCGCUCCGAGGGACCGAGGAGAGACCACAUUCGCCCUCGAGGUCUCUCCAGAACUUGAACUCAGGGAUUUUUUGGCUCUUUGUGAACUCGAAUCAGGAAUACCGGCUGGAGAGAUUCAGAUCUCCUAUGCAGAGCAGCCUCUGGGAGACCUCACCCGAGCCCUGGGGAGUUACGGCCUGAAAGAUGGAGAUGUAGUGGUGUUGAGACAAGCAGAGAGAAGGCCAUCCUUCCCAGGGCUGCCCCGCAUUGAUUUCAGCGCCAUCUCAGUUCCUGGCACUUCUUCGAACCAUCGUUCCACCGCACAGGUUCAAAAUCCUAGUUCUGUCCAGACACCACAAGCUGCCUCGCCUGCCUCUUCUCCUCAGGGACUGGAGAAUCCUGCCCUGUUACGCGAUAUGUUGCUUGCCAAUCCACAUGAGCUGUCGCUGCUGAAGGAACGUAACCCGCCCCUGGCUGAGGCCCUGUUGAGCGGUGACCUCGAACGCUUUAUGAAAGUGCUGCAGGAGCAGCAGCAGGAUCGAGCCAAAAGAGAGCAGGAGAGAAUCAGACUUCUCACUGCUGAUCCCUUUGACCUGGAGGCACAGGCCAAGAUUGAGGAGGACAUCAGGCAACAUAAUAUUGAAGAAAACAUGACGAUUGCUAUGGAAGAGGCACCUGAAAGUUUUGGCCAGGUGGUUAUGCUCUACAUCAACUGCAAGGUUAAUGGACACCCCGUGAAAGCCUUUGUCGACUCAGGAGCCCAAAUGACCAUCAUGAGUCAAGCCUGUGCAGAACGUUGCAACAUCAUGCGUCUAGUAGACCGGCGCUGGGCAGGGAUUGCUAAGGGCGUGGGCACACAGAAGAUCAUUGGCAGAGUUCAUUUGGCUCAGGUACAGAUUGAGGGGGACUUCCUGCCUUGUUCCUUCUCCAUUUUGGAAGAUCAGCCUAUGGACAUGUUGCUAGGCCUUGACAUGCUAAAAAGACACCAGUGCUCUAUCGACCUUAAGAAGAAUGUGCUGCUGAUUGGAACAACAGGGACAGAGACUAGCUUUCUUCCUGAGGGCGAGCUCCCUGACUGUGCCAGAUUGGCAUACGGGCCAGAAGCACGAGAGGAUACCCGACCAGAGGAGAUUGCAGACCAAGAGCUCGCGGAGGCAUUACAAAAAUCCAUACAGGACAGUGAACCUGCAGAUGGAGAAACUACCUCACCACGGUCCCCACCACUCCCACUUCAUAGAUCUGUUCAUACACCAUCCACCUCCACAGCUACCACAAUUCCUAGUGGAAACUUUACACUUGACCGCUCCAAGUCUGCUCCAGCCUCCAUCAGCCAGAGCCUGCCAUUCGUGGGUUCAUUCAGUCCAUCUCAAUCCCAGGGAGAAACAAAGUCACAUCCAGAUGACACCCAGGGCAUGACUGAACAGCACCUAACCUCUGUCUCAUCCGUGCCCUUAAAAGCUGAGGAAUCUUCUCAAGAUCCUCCCCAUGGGCAGGUUGAUGGUUUCCAACCUCGGUCAAUGGCAUCAAGCAUUCUCCCUGCUCAGGAACCAUUUUCUAAUACUGUGUCAAAUGACAAUAAAGGGACUCAAUUUGUACUUUGUAGAAAGGCUGUGUCAGAUUUAGAUGCAGGAAAAAGCAUUACCUUAGAAGAAGCAGAAGAACCUGAUUCCCAGACUGGCUCCCAGAAUGAUUUUUGCCUUCAGGAAGUUGACAUGGCAGAUACUGUUGAACCACAAAUAAAAAGUGUUGACAUUCCUGAUCACUUCCUGGAAAAAGAGCAAGGCAGCAUAAUGAAAGAUGUAAGUGGUCAACUAGAUCAGUUUUCAGAGCUGACAACUCCCCACAACCUUCCAGGUCUAUCUAGUUCAUCCAAAGUUCCUUUUGUCCACUUAAAAUCUGAGAAGAAUUCAGGAACUAGCCUUGUUUCAAAGAGUGAAAUGACAUUAGAUAGGGACCAGUCAGAGAGUGACGUUAUCCCGUCUCUGGCUCAAGCCCUGAAGGAACUUCACAAGCUUCUGAUGUCUAACAGUAAUGCUCAAGCCGGUGCCUGGAGCCCUCUAUCUGCCACUUGUACCACCACCCCAAAACCAGACACUGAUGAGAUGGACCAUAAUGCAACAGGAAAAGAUUAUACAGGUGUUAACCCAAAUGUUAUGUCAUCAUCUUACACUGCCACAACCAACAAAGCCACAUUUGCCAAAUCUGAAUACACUGCUUUAGAAAUGGAUGAUACCUUUGAAGGAAUGACUGUAAGUUCUCAAGGACAAGAAACCCCUCAUACUAAUGGGUUUACAAAUAUCAGCAUUGAGGAAAAUAUGACACAGUUCCCUGAAGGAAAUCAGGUGGAUGAAAAUAGGGAAAGCCUUAUGUUGGAGCCAGAUGAAGCGCCUCCAGCUGAUUCAUCCCAACCACAGCCCUUGUCUGUAGCAGUUGGUUCUUCAGCAGACAGUUUGAACCUUGUGCCUGUAGAUUCCUCUCAUCCAUCAAUACAAAGUCCUGGAUUGACCCUUUAUCAUCUUCCAGAUGACAUCCAGCCUUCCACACUAAUGGUAUCUGGACAGUAUCCUGCAGAGCACAUCCAGAGGAUACAAGCAGCAGGAUUCUCAUCUCAUGAGGCAGCUCAAGCACUCGAACAGGCUGAAGGCAGUGUGGAACUUGCCCUACUGGUGCUGCUGGCCAGGAAGAUAUCUGUGCCCACCUAGACCCAUUACAGGCAUAUUUGCCUCAUAACAUGGAUUUCAGGCUUUGUGUUGAUGCCCCUUUUUUCCCUUAUUUUUGCUUAGUUUGUUUGUCAUAUUAAAUCAGUUUAUAUGUUCCUGUCUUGACCAUUUACAAAAAUAACAGUGGUGUCUGAAGACAACCUCCCCACCACCACCUUUUUUUCAUGGUUUUUACGUUUUGAUGGGUUACUUCUUUUAACUGCUGUCUGGUUUAAGUGAGUUUGCAUAGUGUCAUUGAUGAUUGUGUGCAUGUAACUGGUCCUUAUGACGUGCAAAGACCAUUUUAUUUAGGAUGACCAUAAUUCUGAUUAGAGUGGCUGUGAAGCCUAACAGUGAAUGGUAUUUUAAAUUGAGUAGUAUUAUGUCUCUUCUUACACCAUUAUACUCUUUAACUACUGUGGAUAACCAUACCUUGCUCUUUAAAUACAUUUUGGAAAUAAAAUUGGUUGGUUCUUGAAUAUGCAAAAGCAUUUAGUAAAACAAACUGGCUCAUCUGUUUGCAUGUACCUGGUAAAAGCAACCUAAGUAAAAUAAUUAUUUUAUAUAAAGGUCACUGUAUUAUGGAAAAUGCAGACAGUCCCCAGAGGCAGGAUAAGCCUAAAUGUAGGUAAAAAAAAUGUGAAUACUCAUGGGUAUAACAAUUUAGAACAUAAAUAGACUUAAUCCAUGUCUGGGAAGCCAAAGCAAAAACAGAAUCAUACAGCUGCUAGUUCUUCUUUGAUGAAUUUGCAAUACUUACCAAAUACUAUGUUUUUCUUUGAUUGUCUGCUCAGUUACUAUUUGCAAUCCUGUAUAACCUUUGCCCAUUGUGUAAACUAUUAUGUACUCCCUGUUGUUUGUGUUGAAAUUCAUCCACCAGUAUUUUCUUUUCCAGUCAGAAUGAGGUUUGAAGUGGAGGAAUGAAGUGAAAUUAUCAGUUGUGGGGGGAAGAGAAGUAAUAUCAGGAGGUCAGGAAAAUUAGGAGAGUCAUAUUUCAUCAUCAUUUGUCUAUCUUUUCUUUUCAGGGAUUUUUCAAUAGUCUUUUGAUGCUAAUUUGUUUGAUAUGAAUAUGAAGAUCAUGUUAGCAUAGUUUGGAGUGAAACUCAAAUAAUUAGAAAAGAACAAUGAAAUGGUAGGGACUGGAGGCCUGUUUGGGUGUCAAUAUUGCUUGAACAUCAGAUCAUAUAAUUAAUGCCAUGACUCAUGAUAACAUUUGGUUGAAGCCCAGGUUGCUCUGUCAAGCUGUCUUGAUUCACCUGUAUAAUGUUUGUCAUUUUUUUAAGGUAGUCUCUGACUCAGCUGUGUUCAAAAAUUUGGAUGAUUUAGUUUCAACUUGUAUACAAUAAAAAAAACAACAAAUAAAGGAAAAGGUGUUUCUUUAUA